CACGCAGCAUCCUUGCGCGCGAAACACGCGUACGCCGGUGGACGCACGACGUGUGUCUGUGGCUCGCGUGGCUGUACAUAGUACCUGUGAAUAGUGUAUUUUAAGCCCUAGUUUUAACGAAAUGACCGUGUGAGGAAGUAGGCGAGAGAGCCGCGAGACGGAGAGUGCAACGUGAGUGCAACUUCGAGAUAGGAGGAAAAGAGAGAGGGAAAGAGGGUGGCACAGACGACGAAAAGAGAAGGAAAGAGAGAGAGAGAGACGGUUGAUCCUCGUCGUCAAGAGGCGUCCGCCGAGAGCGAGCUCGGUAAAUACGCUUCUUCGGCCUGUCCCGGGUUAAUAUCGGCGUGCCGCUCAUCACCGUCGCCGUCAUCGUCGCCGCCGCCGCCGCUGUCGUCGCCGCUGUCGCAACCGCAACGGCAAUUUCGACCGCAGCCGCCUCAUCGCCGUCGCCGUCGUCGUCGCUGCCGUCGUCGUCGUCGUUGCCGCCUUCGCAUUCGUCAUUGUCUUCGCUGUCUUCGUCCUCCACCUCUUCGUCGUCGUCGUCGAUCGGAAAACGGUUGGUGAGGAUGUGCCGCCGUUAACAAUUGCGCGCGCGCCUACAGAACAUGUUCGCUCAACGGCCGUAGCGAGCGACAUCAUCCACGGCAUUUCGCCAGACGCCGCCGGCUCUCUUCAUACGAGAGCUAACCCUCACGAGGCCGAGGGUGCAUCCCCAGGACGUUUGGCCACACCGUAUUCGCCGUGCCCGGAGACAGCGGCGCGGCCUGACAACACGAGGACAUGAAGUGGCUCGGCGCGAGCAGCGGAGGCGCCGGGGGCGAACCGGCAUCCUCCAUGCAGCUGCAUCACACCUCCGCCAACGGCCACAUACCCACGGAUACAGAACAGUGUGGGCAAGUUAUGGCUGGUGGCGAUACCAUGCGAAUUCAACCUGGUCAGACACAUCAGAUGGGAGUGAGUAGAACUCAAGACGAUGCUAUGGUUGGUUAUGUGUUUCAACGACCUACGGAGCCAGAAUUCAACACCCAAUCUUCGACUUUUCAAGCAAAGCAAGCUCCUAGAGCUUGGGCAUUGGCAGAUGAUGUUAUUGUUGAUAAUAAUCAAGAAAAAUGGAAGUAUUCUAUGACUAAGCUUGGUGUACCUCAACAAAGUCAAUCUCAGCAAUUGGGAUUAACUAUGAACAAUGUACAUUUGAGUAAUGUACCGUACGAGAUACAUCCCAUGCAAUUAAAAAGCGGUGCACCUGGUGCGGAACAUUUGGUUUAUCUAAACAAUCAGAUGACUGCUCAACAACAGGUCGCUCUGUUUCAUCACCAACAGCAGCAACAGCAACAACAAUUCAGGAAUGGACAGAUCGCUCCCUCGACAAAAAAGCUCUGGGGCGUGGACGAGGGCGGCUCCAAGGACGACGGGGGUGUAAAAGGUGGUGGGACCCUGCUUCACCUGGGCGACCACCCGACCAUGUGGCGAGAUUCCACUUGGAGCACGACGUCAGAUCAUGCAGUGUCGCAACCAAUUUCAAUGGGUACGGGCAGACGUGUGGGAGUUGGAACGGGAUAUCACCAUCAAGCGUCAGAAGUUGGGACAGUGCUCAGUCCUAGAAGCAGCGAAACAGGUGGUUUGGGAGUUAAAAUGGUUGAAUACGUUCUUGGAUCGAGUCCCACUACACCAAAAGAUUUGGAACCACGAAUGGUUUCUCUGAGAUUGAAUCCCGAUGCAGACAAGAAAGAAAAAGAUAAAGGUUCGGCAAGCCCCUUUGAUAGCUCAAAGGAUGAUGCUGGGCCACAAGGCAAUGGAUUAGCGUCUCAAAACGGCUUAGACGACGACAAAGGAUUUAAUCGCACACCCGGAAGCCGUCAGCCGUCACCGGGCGAGGAGGAAUUUCAGAAGAACGCCGCCGCUACUUUGGCCGUGAGCGCCGGUGGUGGUGGCGUUGUAUUGCUGAAACCCGGAAUCGACGUUGUCGGCAGCGAGGAACAUUUCAUGGCGGCGUUUGCGCCGGCACCGCCGCACCAUCUGCAGCAUCACCAGGCGCCGCCGACUCAUCAUUUACAACAUCCGCAUUCGCACGCGGCAGCACAACUCUUUGGAGCGCAGGCCCCGCCGCCGCCGCAGGGUCCACCGCCAUCGCAACAACAGCAACAACAACAAGGUCCUCCGCAGCCGCAAGACACCACUACACACUUCGAUGUCCAGCAACUGUUCCGCAGUCAGCCGCAAGGCGCGACGCCACAACAAUUACAACUUCUGCAGCAGCAGCAGCAGCAGCAGCAGCAACAAUACCUAGCCGCGUCCCAAGCGCAACAGCAGCAGCAGCAGCAACAACAACAGAACUUUCCUACGGCCCCAUACACCGUUAUCAGCGGCCAGGAGCCUUACGUAGGAGCGCUGAUAGCCGGCGCACCACCCCCUGUAGUACCGCAGUACUAUGGUGUCGCACCUUGGGUCUAUCCGGCCGGAUUGCUGCCGCAGGCACCUCCUCAGGCAACCGCGCCACCGCCACCCCGCCGACCGCUCACUCCCUCUUCGGCAGCGGCCGCGGCCGCCGCCGCGCAGGACACCGCCAACAAUCUGGCACAAACGGUACAGGGUCAGUAUCAGGUGAUACCGGCUUACUACGAUCAGAACGGGUCCAUCGUCAUGGGAGGCGUGCGCGGACUAAGUUCGGCGGCGACUCCCAUGAGAUUAGUCAGUCCUGCACCAGUUCUCGUGAACAGAGCUCCGUCUCAACCACCACCGGGUCCACCGGCACCACCACCGCCGAAUCUAUAUUCUCAACCGACUCCGACAUCGCACAGCAACGCUACACCCGGUGAAUGCCUAGGUCUGGCGGCGUGCAGCGCAGCGGCAGUGGUCGCGCAAGCCCAGGCAGUUGCGGUGCAACAGGCGCAACAGCAAGGUUCGGGACUUGCCGCUGGUUUAGCGGCCCUAGGAUACGGCGGCUCCCCGCUCGGGGCAUUGGGCUCGCCUGCCCAACUACCGAACACAGGUUUAGGCCUCGGUGCGUCUUCAACCGGCAGACGAGAUUCCUUUGAUAGAAAUACUUCAGCCUUCAGUCCAAGCUUGGAAUAUAGCCGGGCGAAGUGGCCUCAGAGUUACGGCGCCCUCGAUACAGGUACCUGGGACAGAGUGUAUUUAGCUACAAAUGCAGGUACUUCCUGCAAAGAGUAUACAGACACAGGUACAGUCACCGCGUCACCGAGUCCUCUAGGCUUGUCAUUAACACCGCCGCCAUCUUUAGGGGGAUCCCUGGGUGGUCUUGUCGGUGGAGCCAGUCGAGUGUCAGCAGCCCCCGGUGCCGAAGCCAAGUUCCGCGCCAGCGCGGUACCCACUCUAACAGCCAAUGGAGUGUUUGGCUCUAGUAGCUCUCUGUUUCCUAAUCUCGUAGGCAAACCUGGCCGUGGAGGUGCCGCUAAUAUCAGCGACAAAAAUUCCGGAGGACGAUCUCGCUUACUGGAAGAUUUCCGAAAUAAUCGUUUUCCGAGUCUUCAGUUGCGCGAUUUGGCUAAUCAUAUAGUCGAGUUCAGUCAAGAUCAGCAUGGUUCGCGAUUCAUUCAACAGAAAUUAGAACGCGCCUCGGCCAGUGAGAAACAGCUAGUGUUCCAAGAGAUCCUCUCCUCCGCAUAUUCCCUCAUGACAGAUGUCUUUGGAAAUUACGUCAUUCAGAAGUUUUUCGAAUACGGUACACAGGAACAAAAAUCGACGCUCGCCCAAAAGGUUCGUGGACACGUCCUACCGCUCGCACUGCAGAUGUAUGGCUGCAGAGUCAUACAGAAGGCACUUGAGUCGAUUGGACCAGAACAGCAACAGGAAAUCGUGCGAGAACUCGAUGGACAUGUGUUGAAGUGCGUUAAGGAUCAAAAUGGCAAUCACGUUGUGCAGAAAUGCAUCGAGUGCGUUGAACCGCGAGCAUUGCAGUUCGUGAUAGGAGCUUUUACAGGACAGGUGUAUUCUCUUAGUACUCAUCCGUAUGGUUGUCGAGUAAUCCAACGUAUUCUCGAGCAUUGUACUCCAGAACAAACUCAAGGAAUUCUGCAAGAAUUGCACGCUGCCACUGACCAACUAAUUCAGGAUCAAUAUGGCAAUUACGUCAUUCAACAUGUGCUUGAACAUGGAAAACCAGAAGAUAAAGCACAAUUAAUCAGCAGCGUUAGAGGCAAAGUACUCGCUCUUUCCCAGCAUAAAUUUGCGAGCAAUGUCGUUGAAAAAUGUGUGACUCAUGCCACAAGACAGGAACGCGCUGUACUGAUUGAAGAAGUUUGCGGCUUCAAUGAUAAUGCGCUAAACGUGAUGAUGAAGGAUCAGUAUGCCAAUUACGUCGUUCAGAAGAUGAUUGAUGUCGCGGAGCCGGCGCAGCGCAAGGUGCUAAUGCAUAAAAUCCGGCCGCAUUUGGGAAGUCUGCGCAAAUACACUUAUGGCAAGCACAUUAUCGUGAAAUUAGAGAAAUUCUUCAUGAAGACCGCUUCGGCAAUGGGAGUAGGAGCGACGCCUGCUGGUACAUCGACGAGCAGCGGAGGCGGUGAUCUUGGUCCGAUUGGACCACCCGCGUCGGCCGCAUCUGGCUCGGUCUCAACAUCGAGUCAGCAGUCAACGCAGGUUUUAUAAACGCGCGUGCACGCGCGGAUUAUCUUCCACCGCGGAAAAUAAAAUGAGAUCCGUAAAGGAAGAGGCAAGAAAAACUGCAAUGUCCGCACGUCGCAUUAAGAGAGUACUACUACCCUAUUUUUACCUUAGCGAGAUCUGUUCUAUCGAUGGAAAUGACGAAUUUCAACGAAUUUUCCUACGUUUAUUUCUUUUCUCGUUUUGCCCCGUGUCCUUUGAAAGCAAGAGAAAAAGAGGCGGAAAAAACUUCUCGGACAAUUGUUUCUCGUAAGAAAUUUGCUAUAAUGUAACAAUUUUUCUUAUUUUUGCAAUCGUGAAGUCGACGAUAUUUGUAUAGUAAAAUCAGCUUCUUCGGGACCCGGGCAACGCGAAAUCACGUUAUGGCGAAGUCUGUUCUGACGAGAGACCUACGAAAAAGCAGUCCGUAGAAACGAGGAUAGAUACGUUGUAGCGCAUUUUUCUAUCGUUUUGCAAUACGUACCCCGUACGUGGGGAAGUGUCACGUGCGUAGAUAUUUGCAUUACCAAGUAUAUCGAGCAUACCGAAGUAGAAAAUUGCACUAUGAUUUCCGGUUUGCAAACCAUGUUUCUCACGAUCGGCUCGACAAGUUUCAGGUACGUUUCAUGACCAAUCGGCGCACUCUAAACUGAGCCAUUGGCUGGUUUUGUGCCGCAUAAAAAUGCAUUAGAUUUCGUACAGAUCCGAAAAGAGAGGAUCGUUCGAUUAUUGAAUUAUCGUGCAGAGCAGUUACGCUGGAUUUAUUAGAUGCGUUAUGUCCCCUCGAUUUCAGCACGAAAGAGAAAGAUGUAAGAGCUCUAUCCUCUGAUAAGAGUGAAUAAAAUGGAGCAUUAUGGAUAUGCAAAACGCGCAGUUCGUCGAGUUUUACACUCUGCGAGAAGGUUAACAAUAAAUUUCUACGAGGGCGACGCGAUAAAAUCACGGACAGUUUUAGAGACAGUUAGGUCUUAGUGCUGCAUGCAUUUAUAUCGAAUUGUACGAGGGUUGUAACACAUUACACGUACAUACAUGUACACAUACAUACACCCACACACACACACACACACACAGACAACACACCGCGCGUAAUGUGUGACGUUCCCGAUCCCGCGUAUACCGCGCCGCUUUCUCUCUUUUACACGCAAUCGCUGCUUUAGUAUUAUUUUUAAACGCGCGGUAUGCGCUCGAUCGACGAGUCAGCAGACGAGCAGAGAAUAAGAUUAAAACUUGAGAAGUAGAAAUUUUAGGAGUUAUAGAUAUGUUGUUUAAAUGUAGCAUAGCGUUUGACAUGGGAAUGAAAAAUCAGGCAUUGACUCCUGGACCUGGACCUGGACCUGGACCUCUGACCUGACUAUCGAUCUGUCCCCCUAAGACUACUUGGAACGUUCACACAAAGAGCGAUUACUUUGUUAAUCGAUUUUUUUUCUUUUGUCUUUAUUUUUUUUAACGUCGAGAUAAUCAUCUUUGAGAGUUUCUAAAUGAAGAAAAAAAAGUUGAGUUUUUAUUUUUCUUGUUCGCAUUGAUUUUCUAUGAUUUUCUAUGAUUAUUGUGACACACACAGAGGGAAGUGAAGACAGAUACGAAAAGCGGGCAAAGUGAGACAACAAGAUAAGCUGUUCACGCUACCGUGUUCUCCUUUGUUAAUUUUUCACGUUUGUAGCUUCCGAAGUCUGAGGAAGCACGUCUUUUCCUCCACUCUCUUUCUCCCUCUCUUUCUCAAUUUCCCACUAUCCCGUAUCUCUUAUUCCCCUCGAGCCCUCUUGAGAUCCUCGAAUUUUGUAAAUUGUGAUAUAAAUAAAUAACAAAUGUGUAUAGGUACGAAAUAUCCGAAAUACGCGAGGACCGAUAAAUUCAGUGAAUAUUUUAUUUCUCACGGGAACAUUUCCCCUUAUUUUUGACGGAGUCUGUGAAUAUUAUGUAUUAUAUAAUAAUUACUAAUUAUAUUAAAUUUAUGAUUUACGUUCUAAACGCUGCUGUCCCAACCAUAGCUACGCUCUCCCUCCCUUACCCCUCUAACCGAACUCAUCCAAGAUUUCACAUUUUUCCGAAGUAUCCAAUUGUAAGAUAUAAACAUAUUUCAUGAAGUUGCAUUAGGCAAAAAGAAAUUUAUAUAUAUACAUAUAUAUAUAUAUAUAUAGAGAUAACCCUCCCUGGCUCCUCCCCUUAAUAAUUUGCAGCUAUCAUUCUUGGAACGUAAAAGCCGAAGACCAUUGUACAUUGUAUAAAUGAUAUAAACGCGUUCUCGAGAAACAAAAAUAUCAGGAGAUCGUGCACAACACAUGUGUAUCUAUAAUCCGUUCGCGCCAUUUUCUCUUCAUUAUCUAUCUUCGGGUAUACAUAAUAUACAUUCGACAUACACUAUACUUUGAACAUUUCAAUUGUAUUAUAGAGGACAAAGAGCGCACACUCAGCCAUUUUCAUUGGGAUCGCGCGUUUAAAUGUCAAUGUAAGAACCCCUUUCAUCACGAACACAUUUUUAUACAUAACUCUGUUUCAUUCGAUUAUUAGUCGCCCUCCCAUGUACAAUGUAUGAUAUAUUUUGUUUCAAGGUAGAUGUUAAAUAUGUAGAAAUCGAAGAGCAAAAAAAAAGAAUGAAAGAACUCGCCAGUAAACUUAGAUUAAAUGCCCCCCGCACGACUCUGUACAAAAAAGAAAAAGCAAAGAAGAGGGAAGAACGUAGCAGCUUUCUUUGUAAGAUAUUGUAAAUAACGAUUUAUUAACGAAAUUGACAAAUUCUUAAGUACCUCUCUUCUCUCCCCCUCUCUUUCUGUCCCUCGCUGUCUCUUUCUCUCUCUCUUUCUCUUUCUCUUUGUUCAAAGCAAAGAAUUACCAAAUCGCCGUUAAGGGGGUGGGUGACGGACGGACACGCGACGAAAGUAAACGCGGUAUUUCGCCGUUCGAUGCCGCUUACGAUGCGUAAAUUCCGCUUAACUUUCGCUCUUUCCUCGCAGCGAGUGACCCUUCCGAAAAUCGCUGAGGCUGCACGUUCGCUCCAUGUACCAUCCAUGUUUACAUGUACACACAUACACAUACGCAAUUGACACGCCACAAAGAGGCGAAAAGUACGGUUGAUAGACCUCUCGUGAACAUAGAAAGACAUUCCAACCGCCACCUCAUCUUCAGUCGACAGGACGCCGGACCUGUAAAAACCGCUUUAAAAAAAAAGAAGAUAAAACGAAUAACGUAAACGCGAGAGACGUGUAAAACGUGCUUGUAAUGUUUAAGAAAACCGAGGAAAAAAAAUAGUUCCUUCAUUCGUAACGAUAAAUCGCAAUCACGCGUUCAUCUGUAAAUUUAAAAGGGAAGAAAAAAAUCCCGCGUUUCUCAUCUGUAAUAGAAUCAUCCCAUCGAUCAUACACGUACACAUCUGACGAAAUCGCGUGCAAAGAAAGCGAGGUACCUAAAUUAAGCGAGAAAAAAAACAUUGCGAAAAAGGAAAAACGGCACGAAGCGUAAGUCGAACGCAAAAUAUCUCAUGUCUUAUCAGCUAGCGUAAGAUUUAUCAAUUUACCUAUCGUAUUUUUAUUACUCUUAUAUUAUUACGUAUUGUAUUAUUAUUACUAUUAUUACUAUGCUAUUGGAUAUUAUUUGAUUAACGGUCCCCCUUUCUUUCCCUAUUUGAUUAUUCAUUUCCGCUAUUACUAAUCGCGCUAGACACAUGUAAAUAUAUGUAUAUGCAUAUGUCAAACCCGCAUGUUUAUACAUAUAUAUACGUAUGUUGCACACACGCAUAUAUACAUAUUACAUAUACAUAUACGCAUGUAUAAGCUCGGCACACAUAACACGUUUAUAAAUAUAGUAUAACAUGUUCCAAGUACACUUAUCAUUAAUCUUACCGAUUGUCACAUUUCUCCUAUUUCUCUCUUUCUCUCUCUUUCUCUCCUUUUCUUCCCCAUGAAAUAAAAUCUCUCGAGAAUUUGGUAUGAACGUUUAGGAAUAGAAAUCGCAUUAACCUAGCAGUCUGUCAUCAUAUACCUACUUAAGCCCCCUUGUAACAGAUGAAAAAAAAGUAAAGAACUCUCUUCUUAUCGAUUUUUAAUUAUAAAUAGUGUAAAUUUUUUAUAUAGCGCAAAAAAAAUGCGAUACCGCUGAUGAGACGCUGCCCGAAUAAAUGCGUUUAUUGCGUGUAAAGAAAUGGAGAGUGCGGAAAAAAAAGGAAAUGAAUGGUGACCGGUGAAAUCACACGACUUUCAUUCAAUCUUUAUCUUACUUUAGCUGUACAUUCUUUCAGGAGCAAAAUUUACGAAUCACGUUGAUCUAGACUAGUUUCAUUUUCGAAGCAUAAUAAGCCUCGUGUAAAUUUCAUUUUUUUUUUUAAUUUAACGAGCGUGUAAAUUGACGAUAACGUUCUUAUAUCAUUUGUUGUUUUGACAGCAGUCUCGAACACCGUGAUCUGUAAACUCUGAUGUAAUUUUUAUUUGCGAAAGAGAAGCAAAGGGAGAAACACUUGACUAAUUUAUCCCGAUGUUCUUGUAUAAAUUCUGGACCAUCUUUGCUGCUCUUUUGAUGUGAUGGGAUGCUAUGAUUUUUGCGAAAUGGGAGCGUUUUAUAGCGUCGCGCUCCGUAACGGCGCUUCUGUAAAAGCGAAAGUGCGCCUAAGCGAAAAAAUAGAAACAUUGUAUUCGCGAAAUAUCAUCGUAUACAACGAACUUUCAAGUUCACCAACGAGAAAAAUCGGUACAAAAAAUGACUAAAAGUACAAUUUUACGACUCGUUUUAUAUGAAAUUUAUUUUUUAUCUCGUCAACCUUUAAUUGAAAAAUAUGAAAGAUGAAUUUAAAGAUAUUUAAAGUUGUCGCACUUCCACAUGUUGGAAAAUAUUCUGCGUUUUUUUAUUCAUCUGCAUUUUCGACAAUGCAUACAUGAUAUUCUGCUCUUUUUUAACAAAAUAUUGAAUUCGUUGUAUACAUGAUAUGCGUAGAAAACUGCAGCAUCUCCGUGAUAAAUUUAUUAUGCAAGAUUUUCAAACAUUUGUAUUUCAGUCCUCUCUUUCCGUUUUGUUUCUUCUUUCUCCCCCGUCCUCUCUUUCUCACAUCCUCUUUCUGUCCGCUUUCCUCCCUAUUUUUUGAAAAUCGAUUUGCAAAACGACCGGAAGGUCCUUUCUCACCGGGACAUUUAAAGCAUUAAGAUACAAGCAGAUUAAGCAACCCUAUAAAUAUUGAUUUAUACAUAUAUAUAAAUAUAUGUAUACAUAUAUAUAUAUCUGUAUAUGUAUAUCUAAGCCUUAUCGGUAUAUGAUAUAUAUAUGUAAUAAGUACUAUUUAAAUAUUGUAACAAUUGUAUAUGAUUUUAAUACUACACGCUAAUUGUAUCAUAUAUAUAUGAAGGAUCUGCGACCUCCCACUUUGCAGACAUAUACAGACAAAACAUGCAAGUACAUGAACAGCAGGCACACUUACACAGGACACGUGCACACAGGGGCACAUCGUAUCCAUGUACGCACAUAACACCAAACACGCAACACGCAUACAUACGGUACCAUACACGCGCAUACUUGCGAAAGACGAUUGUGCAAUUUUAAGACAGUCGGGAAACAAGUCGACACGCGAAUAUUCUUCGAUUGCCCAUGUAUUCACCUCACGCCCACCGGUUUCAACUGCCACGGCGCUGGUAUAUGAACAGUUGUUUGCUCGAUCGGAAGGUCUUCGCGGGCCUUUCUCGAAUAUCGUCGGCCUUAAGGGAAAGUUCACUGGCACCCCAAGAAUUCAACGACAAGCAGAAAUUCUGUAUUUCUCUCCGUGUAUCUCACGUUUCUUCACUCGAUGUGAUUGUCAUUUAAUGAUUUCUUUGUAAAAUAUACUUGUAAAGUUGUAAUAAGGUAAUUGGAAUCGGAACUUUUUGUGUAAGUUCAUUUGCACCUACAAGGGCGAAUUUGCAAGAACCUUGGAACGGCCGCCUCGCCUCUCGCUUUGCAAAUGAAUAGUCCGUGCGGAGAGAACAGGUUGAUGCCUCUGGAUUUUCGCUUUAAGGCCGGCGGUACGUAUAAACCGCAAAGAAAGAUAAGCAAGCGAACAUCAACGGGAAUGGUGCGCCCUGAUAUUAAGACUGAUGUACAGUAGCGCGCUAUUCUCAUCAUUUUCAUGGAUCAUGCUCCUCCACCGCUCUUCUCCUACGCAGAGACACCACUCGCCUCACACACUCGCGAUAACACAAACACUACGGAAUCGCAGGGCUAAACUAAGUAUAUAUAUAUUUCGUAUAUAUACCAAAAAAGAACAUAUAUAUUAAAUAUAUAUAUAAAUAUCUCGUAUAUAUUUGUCUGAUAUAUGUCAUAUAUGUAACGCGUAAAACUGUUCGUAUCUAUCACCGGCUCCUAUAAGAGCGCAAACCGAAAGCGUAGGGUUGUCCCGCACGAAAAAAAAAAGCGAAAUGCCACGAAAAAAUUACCUUUAGGACCAUUAAAAAUACCGGAAUUGUGGAAUCCCGCGACGUUUAGAUCCAAUUCGCUUCGCGUAAAAAUCUCUUCGAUAUCGGCGAAGGGUUCUUCGCCGAAAGGGACGCCUCGCUCGCGACUAUAUACGGGCCGGUGGUACUGUCUGAGAUACACGAUAGAUACAGAGGGAAAUAAAAGAAAAAAUCAGCCGCAAGAGGUGUAUUCCAUGUUAGCAGAUAAUUAGAUAAGUGGGACGGACAGACAUACGGAUUUAAAGAAAAAAAACGCAAGAUCACAUAACUUGUAUAUUAGUGUAUAGAACGUAGAGACGAUGAAAUAGCCAUUGAAGAAAAAAAAGGAUCAUUUUCGACAAUGUUUUUUACAAACAGGCAGAACAGUGCAAAUAGAUUAAACAAGAGAAAUAAAAAAAAGGAGAGAAAAAUGUACCAUUAUAAAGCGAGGAAAGAAAGGAAGAAGGAACAUGUGCGAGAGAGAGCGUUUUUUUUCGAGGCAAUAGAUGCGUUAAACAGGUGCGCGAACGAAGUUUUCGUUAUUCCGCCACUUCACGAGUAAAGACGAGCUAAUUACAUAAUACGAUAGUCGUAAAGAAAAAAAGGAAAAAACAGCAUAGAUUUGUUUGAUGCGAUAGGACUCGACCACACUCCGCAAAAAUUUCUUAAACGUUUUUCAUCGAAUUUGUUAUUUAAAAAUGACGCUAAUGUUGAUUUUUGUUCAAGAGAUGUUCCUUUAAUUUUUUCGUGAUUUUUACGUUCUGCUCCUGUUUGAUUUACACAUUUAUUUCGGAAUUAAGUUGUCGACUAUUUUAAUUGUCACGAUUUACGAUGACAAUGCAGCGUACAGAAACACUUGUCACGCCUUUAUACAAUUGUAAUCUGUUUGUAAUUAUCUCGAGAAUGUACAUAUAAUUAAAAAGAAAUGGAAAAAACGAUUCUACGGUAGUACUGUGAAUAUCACAUUUGAAAUUACAUUACCAGUGAUUCAACUGAUUUAUAAAUGUAUUAACAUUUUUAAUUUAAUGUUUAUUAACAUCAAUUUUAAUUUAUUACUUACAUGAAUGUUUACUGUAAAUAAUGGCAUCGCAAUAUUGAAAAUUGCGAAAACUUUAAAAGAAAAUUUUUCAAUUUUUUGAGAACGUAAUUGAGAAAUUCAAACAAGCCUGGGAAAAUCGCAAGAUUUUGACAGGCAGGAUUUCAUUGUAUGAAAGCGUGAAUUUUAUUCGGAUGGAUUUCUUCGAGAUAAACCCGAAUGGAAAUUUAUAAUUUUAACUGUCGCUUUUAAGGUUUUAUUUUUAAGAGCGUCAGCUUUUCGAGUCAACAAUCAAUCAUUCAGCGUUACGUGAGUUUCGAAGAAAAUUGAUACAAUCGAUCUCGAAAAUAUUUUCACGUUGGCUUCCAUCGCAAUUUUAAGAGUUCUGCGUUCUUAAUUUCCGCAAAAAUCGGCCGCGAUUCUACCACUCUGCACAUUGUUGCAAACCAUUGCUGUAAACCGAUUUAGUUUGUUUUGUUUUACAUUAAUCUUAGACGUUUUAUCUGUUUUGAUCUUAUCCUUUUUGUCGAUUUCAUUGUUUUCUGCGAUAGUUUUCCCACGCGGAAGCGAACAUCUCUCCGAUUUUCUCUUUGAUUUAAUUUUUUUUUCUUUCUCUCUCUCGCCCUCUCCCUCUCUCAAUUAAAAAGCCGCGACCAUGUAACUGCAUUUUAUGCACACCUACACACGUACACACAAAACACUCAUACACAGGACACUGAGGACAUAGAGAUCUAUCGAGUUAUUAUCUUAGAAUUGUCUCGGUAGCGGUCCGCCGCGCAUUGAAAUAAUGAAGUAAAUGAAGUUAUAAAUAAUCAAUUAAGGAAAGUUAUACAUAUACUUGAGUAUAGCGAUAAAUAAUAUUUGUUCUCGUACUGCAAACGGCUACGUAUUACGACUAAGUAGAUGCAGUGAUUAUUGUAUUAAUUAAUCGUUUACAAAUAAUUACACACAUGUAUUGCUUUUCGUCUUGCUUGAGUUUGUCUCUUUUUUUUUGUACGCAGCGGAAAAUAUCUAUCUACUUUUAGAUCUUAUUUAUUGUCAUCUCUCUCUCUCCGCCACAUUUUAUAGAUUUAAUACAAAUUGCACGUAGGGCGAUCUACAUUGUUAGCGGGAGGUCGAGGACGUAGUCGAUUUUGCGCGUCGUGCGCGCACGUACGUGAAUUUUCAUAUUUUUCCCUCUCGAUAUAUUGGGCGUACACAUACGUAUAUAUAGAUGCGAAAAUGUAAUUCCGAAUUUUACGGAAAUUUCUCUGGGGAUCCACCUCCUUGCGAUCGACUUAUACGAUGCAGAGAGCCAUGCUGGUAGUUUGUGUUGAGACUAAAUAGCAUUUUUCACUCAUUAAGUAGGCAUAUCCACACACACAUACACAUUUACACCUCCGCACAUACACACUCACACGUUCACACACCGUGGUACACGCCGAGAGAAAAAGGAAAGGAAAACACAUGACACUUUCUAGACACACAUUUAACGAGACAAAAAAGUGGAUAAUGGAUUAACGGUAUUCUAAAUGUAACAUGUAUAUGAUGGCUGUACAAAUGUAACAUUUUUUUCCAUUAUGUAUGAUGAUAAUAAUGAUAAUGGUGAAAAAAGGGAAGAUUUGAUGCAAAAAGAAUAUGUAAUUGAAUAAAAAAAAAAAGGAAAAAAACCGUGUGUGCGCGUCGAUUGAUGUGAACGCCGACAUCUCGAAAGCGAUACGGUCAAUCCGUCGGCGCACCCGCGCGAGUGAUUUACCAAUAAAACUAUUAUUACUUUUAAUUAUUAUGAAAUACCAUUUCUGUAAUAACAUUAUGAUAUAAAACCAUACAUUGAAUGGCAAAAA